AAUUGGAAGCAGUACCAAGAGGGAACCUGUUUAAAAAUCCUUAGUAAACAGUACUCACUGUACUUCCUAUCGAUAACAGAGUAAUACAUUUCUAUACGUUUCGUGGCGACUGGUAGUUGAGGUAGAAGAAGAUAGUAAACAAAAUGGCUCGUAAUGCAGAGAAGGCAAUGACAACUUUGGCACGUUGGCGGGCCGCCAAAGAAGUGGAAUCCGGUGAAAAGGAGCGCCGGCCUUACUUGGCCUCCGAAUGUCAUGAUUUGCCGCGAUGUGAAAAGUUCCGUCUGGAGAUUAUAAGAGAUAUAUCCAAGAAAGUCGCUCAAAUACAAAACGCUGGCUUGGGUGAAUUCCGAAUCCGUGAUCUCAAUGAUGAAAUCAAUAAAUUGCUGCGAGAAAAGCGUCAUUGGGAAAAUCAGAUAUCUGCAUUGGGUGGUCCUCACUAUCGAAGAUAUGGACCCAAGAUGUUUGAUGCUGAGGGACGUGAAGUGCCCGGCAACCGGGGUUAUAAAUAUUUUGGAGCAGCCAAAGAUUUACCGGGAGUUCGAGAGCUCUUCGAACAGGAUCCACCGCCACCGCCCAGGAAAUCCCGCGCUGAACUAAUGAAGGAUAUAGAUGCCGAGUACUAUGGCUAUCGGGAUGACGAAGAUGGCGUUCUUAUUCCCCUGGAGGAACGAAUCGAACGAGCAGCUCUCCAGAAGGCAGUGCAGGAAUGGCGCGAGAAAAUGGCCAGAGAUGGUCGCAUUAUCGAUGACGAGGAAGAGGACGAAAUAUAUCCCAUAUCGGGACCAGCUCGUGAAGCCAUUGAGGAUGCCAAGGCUCGAGCUGCAGUUGAGGAUCCUCAUGGCCUCUUAGCUCCAAAAUUCACCGCCCAUGUGCCAGUGCCUACGCAACAGGACGUGCAGGAAGCCCUCCUGCGCAAGCGGAAACAGGAGCUCUUGGAGAAAUAUGUCGGUGGUUCCAACUAAGCUCAAUAAACAUUCUAAUUUCUUAGUGGUUUUACAAAAUCUGGUAGUAAUUCAUUUUUAUAUUGGUAGUAAAUAAAAGGCGUUUGAAAAUGGUA